AUGAAACUCGGAACAAGUGCAAGGAGUAUUUGGGGCUUUAUAACAAGUCCUCACAAGCUCACAAGGUUUGAUGACAAGCCAAUUGUCAAUGUUGAUAAGCUGAGCUUCGAACAGAACGAAGAAGAUCCGACAGGUAACUUUGUGUUGGAUGCAGAGCUUUUGAAUGUCAAUACUAUAGAGGAGUUUAAGGAGAUCAACAAAGCAGAGUUACUUAAGAAGUGGGGGCAUAUAAUCCUAAGGCAUAUCGAAACUGGAUGUAUCACCGAACAACUGCUUAAUAAGGUGUUUCUACUUACGUUCUCUGACUUAAAGAAGUAUAAGUUUUAUUACUGGUUUGCGUUCCCUACCCUUGAGUCCAACUGGAGGGUUUUACACAGGGGACCUGCUGAAUCUUUGGCCAUAACUAAUGUCGCAAGCACUAGCAGCUUGUUAUCGCAGGUCGAUGAAGAUGGGCAUAUAGUUCUUUUCAAAGACAUACUGCUAGAGAAGGGCAAUAAGUUUGUGUUCCAAGACACAGUAUUGGAUCCAGACAUGAAACCUUCUGUCCAUUUGAAGAAUUACCUUUAUUAUCUUGCCUAUAUUGGGUUUACAGAGAUUGAGCUUGUUAUUUAUCGGAGUAAUAAUACCAGUGAGUUGUUGAACCUUGAACUCUCGUCACCUGUGAAUAAAAUAUCACCUAAAAUUCUUGGAUGGGAAAGGACAGCCCAAGGACGUCUAGGCCCUAAAGUGGCUGAAUUGGGACUGUUGAUAAAUCCAAAUCAACUAGCAGAACAAGCGGUAGACUUGAACUUGAGACUAAUGAAGUGGAGAAUUGCUCCAGAACUUGAUCUCGAUAUCAUUAAACUGCAAAAAGUAUUGCUUCUUGGUGCUGGAACAUUGGGUAGUUAUGUUUCCAGAAUUCUUAUGGGAUGGGGAGUUAGGGAAAUAACCUUUGUUGAUAAUGGCAGGGUUUCUUACUCUAAUCCUGUAAGACAACCCCUUUUCAAUUUUGCAGAUUGUUUCAGUUCCAGUGGUAAGGGAGAAUAUAAGGCCAUACAGGCAGCAAGGGCUCUUCAUGAAAUAUUUCCUGGUGCAAUUGCAGAAGGAAUUGUUCUUGAUGUUCCCAUGGUUGGUCAUCCAAUCAGUGAAGCUACAGAAGGAAAGCUGAAGUCAGAGUACGAGAAACUUAUGCAACUUAUUAGCUCCCAUGACGUUGUGUUCUUACUUAUGGAUUCUAGAGAAUCUCGUUGGUUACCAACAGUGGCAGGACUAUCCAAAGAUAAGAUAGUCAUCAAUGCUGCCUUGGGAUUUGAUUCGUAUCUUGUUAUGAGACAUGGAAGUUUGAAGCAAGCACCUGAAUCCCGGCUUGGUUGUUACUAUUGCAAUGAUGUCGUGGCUCCCAGUGAUAGUUUAUCCGAUAGAACCUUGGAUCAAAUGUGUACUGUAACACGAGCUGGAUGUGCUCCUUUGGCUUCAGCACUAGCAGUGGAAUUGUUUAUAAGUUUAUUGCAACACCCUGAGAACGAAGCUGCUUUGGCUGAUGAAACUAAUCCCAAAUUUGGAGAAGUGCCUCAUCAGAUCCGUGGAUCCCUCCACAAUUUCCAGCUCACUAAAUUACAUGCACCAGCAUUUAAGAACUGUUCUGCUUGUUCUACAAAUGUUGUGGAACACUUUGAAAAGGAUGGCUGGGAGUUUGUUAAGAAAUGCUUAAAUGAUUCUAAGUACUUGGAAGAUAUAAGUGAAUUAACACAAGUUCACGCUGAAGCAGAGAAGGCAGCAGCUCAAUUACUUGAGGAUUUACUGUUGGAUAAUGAUGAUGAAGAUAGCGAAUGGAUAUCGUAA